GUUGUUUGUGCUAGUGUUGUUUACGAUGCUUUUUUUCUAAUGCCAGACCACAUGAGUAGUAUAUACACACACACUCUACUAAUGAAAAUCAAAGGACUGCCAAGAGUAUCAUAAUCUGUUGUUACUAUAGCCAGUUUUAGCUCAGCUCGGUAGCAUAGCUUCUCUUUGAAGCUCUUAAGCUUUAGAUGCAUUCUGUACGUACAUGGUUACUCAAAAAAAGCUUAUGUAGCUUCCAUUUGCCCUCCCUGUCAAAGAGAAAGCAAGUAGGAGAAUGUGAAAGAGGAGCAGAGCAGUAGCUUCUUUGUUUACAUAGUCUUAACCACAAGAAUGCUCACACACCCACGCAUCACUCUUGCUUUUAGUUUCUGUUCUCUUCUGCGCAUGCGCAAUAAUUGCCCGGGAAUAUUUUGGCGGGCUCCACCCUGUCUAGUACAGUAAUUAAAGCAAAUUCUUUUUCCUUGUCGUCAAACAAGGCCGAGAAGUAAGCAGAACAGGUAAAGAACUGGAAGAGCCAAAAGCAGAUCUAGUUUAAUCUCAGCAUACUACAAAGAACUUUGCAGAAUUCUCGGAGUAAAAGCGAUAGCAACAAGAUGAGCAGAGGAAGGGAAGUACUACGCGGAAGGCUAGGUUUAAGAAGAACCAAGACUUCUAAGUUACAACCAGCAGAAAUCAUAGUCUAUUCUGCUUCUCAUGAUGGCAAGGCAUCAGGCCAGAUUGAAAUAUUUGAAGAAGCUUUCAAGAUAUAUCAAAAACCCAAGAAAGUGGUGAUGCUAACUGAGCUGGCCCAGCCAGGGGUCCAAGGAGGUUCUCCCUGCACGUCCCUCAGCUGCUCACCAUCAACUCAUUCCCCCAAGAACUCUUUCAUGGCAGCGUCUCCACCCAUGAACUCUCACACGACCCUCUGGCCGUUCCAAAUCCUCACAAAGACCGGAGAGGUCUACGAGCUAUUUGCCGAAAGUCCCGAAGACCAACGCCAGUGGUUGAAGAGGCUAGGACUCCUCAUCAUGUUUCCUUAUUCGCCGAUACCAGAGGAGCCGGCUGUCAACCCAAUCAGGGAGGGAUAUAAAUCAAAACUUAACGCCAGGGACUAUAAUGCUGACUCGGUGUGGGCAGUCUACAUACUACCGGAGGAGGUUGGCUCACGUGUUCACGUCCUCGGCCUACACAUACUGACUCUCAAGAGCAGGGUCUCUGAGACUCAACCAGGCCAACUAUCGAUCAUAAGUGCCGCCGACCACACCCCCAUCGUCACCUGGGACCGGGACAAGAUGAGACGAACUGGCUGCCUAGGCAACAUGGUCUUCAUCGAGAUCGGGCGGAGAUGUCGGGGCGGGCCAGGGCUAGUGUGGAUGUACGUCGGACCCAAAGAGACAGCAGCCCUACGAGAAACACUACACAUGUUUUUAUUCAAAGGAGAUGGAAGGGCAGUACCCAUUACAGCACAGCCUCCGCCCCCAGAGCCAGGGCGUGCCUCCUUUGACAGCGGGUUCCCUCCCUCCUAUCACAAACGUGGCUCCCAGUCCUCCCUACAGCGUAGCCCAAGCAUCAACACUCCACAGAGACAGCUAAGCAUAGAGUCACAGCCAAGCUCUGAUUCCGGUCACCCCUCCUCCCCCUUCUCCUCUAACUCCAAUCCUCCUCCGAUAGACUUUGACUCUCACCCGAACCGGAUUAAGUCCCGUCGCUCGGCCCCCCGUACCAUCUCUGCCCACUACCCGUACGAGAACACCUCAGAGAUGGACUCCAGUAGACGUAGCUCAAGUUCCUACAGAGACUCGAUAAACUCAGAGUCAUUUACCGAUGAACAGUUUCCGCUGGAACCUGAAGUAUCUCCCAAUGAUAGUUUCCCAGAUGAGAGGUCUUUUGUGGAACAUGAUGGAGGGAGUCACCAUCCUCACUUUAACACUCGUCACUAUUCGGUACCCUCCAUGCCCUCUCGACAGCUACACAGAAGUCACUCGACUGCUACUUGUCACCCGUCACAACGAUCAGGGGACUACGAGAGAAUGAUCCACCCGAGACACAGUCAAGGAGAAAUUAAAUAUGGAGGAGGAGCAUACGAAGACCCAAGAGACCAAUAUGUUAAGAUGCAACCGGCUUCAAUAAAUGGACCAGAAUCGGCUCUAGCACAGUUAAGAAUAUCUGGAGAGGUACACACGCCUUCUCCUCCAUAUCAACAAUCCAGCCAGUCCCUACAACCGAUUAAUGAGGACAGGUCCGACUACGAGAAUUUCCCACUUACGAGAGACAUAGAGAGCGAGUCUUUCACAUACUACACGCCGUCAUACGAGAACAUUACACAAGUAAGACAGGAACUAGCGUCUAGACAUUCUCCGUCGAGUGGAACUGGACGGACUCACAGAGAACCUGUCGUUUUUGGACCAAGACUUAAAAGCGUUUCUCCUCAGUCGCACAACGUACGAAUGGCUUACAUUGGCAAUAGAGACAGUCCUUCUCCUGAAAUCAUAGCAACUCCAUGAUGAGGUGGUUGGCUAUUACAGUUUAAUGCAUUAAAAUAAGUGAGACACUGACACUGAUUGUCAUCAACUGCAAGAGUAUAUAAAUGAGGUUAAGAGUUAAUGGUCUUAUUAUUAACGAACGUUAUCCUUAUUUAUUGAACUUGACUGUUCUAUCCUCCACAUGUUUAAUCUUAUCUGUCUAUCUCCUAAAUAUUACUCUUCUAUUAUUAAAAUAACCUCCAUCACUAUUAAUUAUCGGUACAAUUAUUUAUUAUAAUUUAUUAUUAUUUAUCUCUUCCCCUCUCUCUCUCUCUUAUUCUUGAUUCCCUCUCAUUAUCCUUGUGUGUACAACUAAUAUUAUUUUAAAUUACAACAAUAAUUAUAUAAUAAUAA